CCCAACGAGCCCAUGGAUCUGGAGGGGGCCGAGGACAACCACCUAAGCCUGCUGGAGGGGCCCGGCGGGCAGCCCCGCAAGAGCCUCCGGCACUCGGCCCGCAAGAAGGAGUGGGGCAAGAAGGAGCCCCUGGCGGCCUCCCCUUUUGAGCGGCGGGAGGUGGGGCCCAAGGGUCCCUGCCCUGGGGAGGAGGCUGAAGGGCCAGGGGACAGGGUCCCCAGCGGCAUCCUGGCGGGCGUGGCGGCGGGCAGCGGCAGCGGGCCCUAUGGGGAUCCCCCAUACCCCUGCAAGGAGGAGGAGGAGAAUGGCAAGGACAGGAGCGAGGACAGUGGGCAGAGCGGCAGCGAGGGGGGCGGCGGCCGCGCGGGCGCGCACUACAUGUUUCGGCAGGAGGGCUACGAGGCGGUGUCCUACGGGGACAACCUGUACGUGUGCAUCCCUUGCGCCAAGGGCUUCCCCAGCUCCGAGCAGCUCAACGCCCACGUGGAGACGCACACGGAGGAGGAGCUCUUCAUCAAGGAGGAGGGCGCCUACGAGACGGGUAGCGGGGGCGCUGAGGAGGAGGCCGAGGACCUGUCGGCACCCAGUGCGGCCUAUGCAGCCGAGCCCCGGCCCUUCAAGUGUUCUGUCUGCGAGAAGACCUACAAGGACCCGGCCACACUGCGGCAGCACGAGAAGACGCACUGGCUGACGCGGCCCUUUCCCUGCAACAUCUGUGGCAAGAUGUUCACGCAGCGCGGCACCAUGACGCGCCACAUGCGCAGCCACCUGGGCCUGAAACCCUUUGCCUGCGACGAGUGCGGCAUGCGCUUCACCCGCCAGUACCGCCUGACCGAGCACAUGCGCGUGCACUCGGGCGAGAAGCCCUAUGAGUGCCAGCUCUGCGGGGGCAAGUUCACACAGCAGCGCAACCUCAUCAGCCACCUGCGCAUGCACACCUCCCCCUCCUAGAAGCCAAAGACCCGCCUCGGGAGCCUGGAAGGAAGGAGCGGAGGCCGGGCCAGCGGGAGGCCCGGGCCCCGGGGCCGGCCAGCGCCCCACACCCAGAGCUUUAAUCCACAGUCUGUACCAAGGGAAGAGAGGAGGGCAGCCAGUGCCCCAGCCCUGAGCCUAUGGCCACUGUGCCAUGCACUUCCCAUCCCGCCCGGCCCAGCAUCCUGCUCGGCUCCCCGUGGGGGCUGCCACGGGGCCCGCGGUAGUGGGCCACGGGGGUCUCCUGGGGACCCAGCCCCGUUCCUGCAGGCUGGGUCAGAGCAGCGGGAGUGGGGGCCUCCCUCUGGGCUGCGGGGAGCAGGGCGGCUGCGGCCCAGGGCAUGUGUGUGUGGCCACCCUGGUUCUGCGGGAAGCGGUGCUGGAAGGAGGGGACAGAGCCCUCCUUCCUUGAGCCAGGGGUCACCGCUCGGUGGCACCGGGACAGUCAGGGCCCCCACCGCCUACCUCUCUACAACUGAAGAGCCCUCUGGGCCCGUGUGGCUGUUAUUCCUACUGAUGUGUUCCUUUUUUCUUUCUGAAUUUUGUUUUUUAAACCAAAACCAACGAGAGUUUAUUUUUCCCCCGGCC